UAGCUGGACAGCCACAGCGUCAUCUCUAGCACACCUACCAUUGUCCUGGAGAGCAGAACAGGCUUUGCUUAGACCCGACUUCUGGGAUUGCUACCACUGGACUGACCCCAGAAGCCAUGCUGGGCCCCCAACUGCUCUUCAUUAUCUUGGUCGCCUUGGCCACAACCCAGGGAAGUCCUGUCCCCAUUCAGGACGACAUCCAAGUGCAGGAGAAUUUUGAUCUUUCUAGGUUAUUUGGGAAAUGGUAUGAUGUGGCCAUUGCUUCCAACUGCCAGUGGCUGAAACGGUUCCAGGGCCGAUUCUCCGUGGGUACCCUGGUCCUGGGCCAGGGGCAGACUGACCGGGAGAUUAGCACCGUCAACACCAGAUUUAGGAAAGGCGUCUGUGAACAAGAUGUUGGGGCUUAUGAGAAAACAGACACUGAAGGGAAAUUCAUCUAUCACAAAUCCAAGUGGAAUGCGACCAUAGUUAACUAUGUGGUCCACACCAACUACGAUGAGUAUGCCAUCAUUCUGAUGAAGAAAUCCAGUCGCUUUGGACCCAGCACCACUGUGAAGCUCUAUGGCCGGAGACCCCAGCUUCGGGAAAGCCUCCUGGAUGAAUUCAGAGAGUUCGCCCUGGGUUUGGGCAUUCCUGAAAAUUCCAUCUUUUUCAAGUUAGACAAAGGUGAAUGUGUUCCUGGGGAGGUAGAACCUACAAUUCCACCUGUACCCAAGCCUCAGAGAAGCCGGCGGGCUGUGUUACCUCUGGAGGCCGAGGCAUCUGGAGCUGGUCCGUUGUCCACUGGGUUUGUCAAAAAAGAAGAUUUCUGCCACCUCAAGCAAGAUGUGGGGCCCUGCCUAGGGAUGAACAACAGGUACUUCUACAAUGUCUCUUCCAUGGCCUGUGAGCUUUUCCACUAUGGUGGCUGCUUGGGUAAUGGUAACAACUUUCACUCUGAGAAGGAGUGUCUCCAGACCUGCAGGACAGAAGCCGCCUGCAGACUGCCCAUCGUGACUGGCCCCUGUCGUGGGAACCGCAAGCUUUGGGCUUUUGAUGCUACCCAAGGGAAGUGCAUUCCCUUUUUCUAUGGGGGCUGUCAUGGCAAUGGGAACAAAUUCUACACAGAAAAGGAGUGCAAGGAGUACUGUGGUGUGCCUGGUGAUGAGGAAUUCCUGCGAUUCUCCAACUGAACCCAGAUCUCCCUCUGUGUGUGCCUGAGGAGAAGGCAGACAGCCAUGUGUUCCUGGAAAAGCUGAAGACACAGAGGAAGCCAAGCGUGGGGUAGAGGGAGCUCCCAGAACCUUGGCCCCAGUCACCCUGAAAUAAGAUAAGCCUCUGAAGACAAAUCCCAGCAUCCCAAGUUUGAAUCUCAAGUUAUAUUCAAUCCACUAUGUCUGCUCUAAUUCUGACCUUCCGACAUCUUUUAAAGGUGACCAGGCAACUCAGACUUCUCUUCCUGUAGGCAUCUCUGAUGGGUUUGUCUCCUGGGUCCUUCAAUUCAAUAAACUUUUAUUAAGCACC